AUGAAAGAAAACUAUACAAAAAUAACCAAAAUCGAACGUAUUCAAAACGAACGAUGGUAUAUGCAAUAUUUAGCACACAAGGAAGAUUUUGAAAGACGUCUUAACAUGAAUACGGAAAAAAUUUUAUAUCAUGGUUGUCCUGAACAAGCUGCUCAUUCAAUCAUCCAAGACUGCUUUAAUAGAAGUUUUGCUGGAGUAAAUGGUAAGUUUAAUCUUGGAUCUUUUGUAGAUUUUUGGAUCGUUUGUAUCUUUUUACGUGUAGGAAAUGUUUAUGGCUUUGGUGUUUAUUUUUCAUCGGAUGCAGCUUAUAGUCAUGGAUUUACUACACCAAACGCAAAAAAAAGACGAUGCAUGUUUAUAGCACGAGUUUUAGUAGGAAAAACCACCAAAGGGAAUAGUUCAAUGAAAACUAGACCGCUAGGUUUUGAUUCAACAACUGAUGGAGAUCAUAUUUUCGUUACAUAUCACGAUGCUCAAGCAUUUGCUGAAUAUUUGAUUACAUACAAAUAA